CGUUCCGCUUCUUGUUAUUACUGUGCCGUCGCAUCCAGCGGGAGCCGUACCGCCGCUCUCACGGGUUCGCGCGCCGGACCGGUGGAUCGCCGACUCCAACUUGCAGCCUCCAAACGCGCGUCGACAGCUCCACAACAGGCUUAAGGGCGCACUCGUUCGGCAGAAAUGGGCUGCGGCUUGAGGAAGUUCCGUCAGACGGAAGACAACAGUCCGGGGAAGAUUUACUCCACCCUUAAGAGACCGCAGGUGGAGACCAAGACCGGGGUGGCCUACACGUACCACCACGUGGACUUCCUGGUGGGGAAAGACGAUGGGACGUCCACGCUGUGCCUGUCCUCUGUGAGGGAGCUGCCGUCUCAGCUGCAGGAUCUGUACCAGCAGGGCUUCAUUCUAGCAGCUGUGCACCCCUUCGUCCACCCGUGUGGCCCCGAGCCCGCCAGCGUCCAGCGCCAGCUCUACCGGGCAGUGCUCAUCAGAGUCUCUGACAGCUGGGAGAAGAACCCGGCGGACUUUGAGCCCUACCAUCUCAAACUGGAGGAAUGCAUGUCUGCAGACCAGAUUCCCACCGCAGAGCACAUCCAAGGAUACGUGAAGAAACAGAUCCAGGACGCUGCGGAUCAGGGCAUCAUGUUUGUGGGCUUCAUCCAGGAGCCAGCUGGCCUGCGCCCACACGUGCUACGGCACGGAGAACCAGAGGAACCCUCCCUCUCCCUGCACUCCAGCCCCAGCUCGCUGCACGGCUCGGGGCUCACCCCCAGUCCCAGUCCCCUGGAGGAGCCGGAGCUGGGAGACGAGUCCGGAGCGGAGAACGAAGGGAAGAACGGGGGAGGUGAGGCUCUGAGAGAGGACCUGAACGCUCCUGAAGGUGGAGACGGAGGAGAUGAUCUCUCGGUUGAGAAAUCAGGAUCUGCUGAAACACAGCAAGGAGACACACUGACACACAACAACAACGACACGGCCAAAAUCACAGACACAACCGAGAAACCCAGCAGGUUGGCCCUGACUAAGAGUGGGGCCGAGCUCUUUGGAUUGUUUAACUACCCGGGUCGACGUGAAGGUCAGCUGAAGUACUACACGGUUAAAGUUCCUCUGCGAGUGCAGCCGCAGGGAGAGGGCAUCUGUACUAUGGAGGCCAACUGGCUCGAUCACAUGACUCAACACUUCAACAACGGAGCGUCGCUAGUCGACGGAUACUUCCAGCUGGCCGGUGACAGCGAUCCUCUGGUCAAGUCUGUGGACAGCGUGUUUGUGUUCCAGGAGGGGGUGGAGAGCGACACCAACCCGGCUGCAGCGUACGACGCUAUAGUGGUGGAACAAUGGACAAUCGUUCACGGUUUACAAGUGAAGACGGACUACAUUCCCUUGCUGCAGUCGCUGGCUUCGUUUGGAUGGAGACUCACUUGCGUGCUGCCUACACCGAUCGUCAAGACUAACAGUGACGGAAGUUUGGCCACCAAGCAGAUCGUUUUCCUCCAAAGACCAAUGUUGCCUCGCAAGAAGAAGGAUUCCAAGAAAGUCAUCUUUAAAGCACGGAACAAGUCCAACAAGAACUCGGUCAAAGACGCGCCAAAGAACAAGAAGAAGAAAGACUCCACACCCGCUGUAGAGAAAGAGAUAAGUGAUCAAAAGCCCUGUGACGGAGCCGAGAAGAGCACUGAAGAGACAAACACAAGUGUGAAUGAACGACGGGAGGGAAACCAGAAUAAUGAGACUGAUGCUGAAGUGCAGAGCGAACAGAAAGAGGACGGAGAGGAAGGGAAGGAUGCGGAGGAAGGGACGCUAGGAGCAGGCAGGGAAAAGCAAGAUGCUAAAGAUGAGGUAGAUGUUAAAGAGGAAGAGCGUGGCGUGAAAACGGAAGCCGAAAUGGGCUCCUGUCGAGACGAGGCCUCACCUACUGCACAAGAAACAGGGCGACAGGAAGAGGAGGUGGGCAAACAGGAAGACAGCUCAGCCAAUCAGGAUUGAGGACGCGCUCAGACCCACCGAGCCGAUGGAAGUGGACCUUCUGAAUGUUAUAAAUGCUACCCUGCAAAAAAAAACAAAAAAAACACUUUGCUAAUCAAUAUUUUGUCUCGUUUUCCAGUAUCCAAACAUCCUUAAAACAAGUUCGGCAGACAAAGCAAGAAAGCAAGAGCUGUUUUACUGAUCUUUAGUUACUCGAGACAAAACUACUGGUCGCGUAGAUUAUGAUUUAAAGCAGGUAUCGCAAACACCUCACCUGACAUUUCCACCUCUUGUAACCAACGCUGAACGUUUGACCGACCGCUGGUGAGCGGGGCGAUAACAUCCCUUCCCCAUCGACGAGCCGAAAGGACUCCGGUAUCCAGGAAGAGGGAGGAGAGAUGGGAAGAGAUUGUUAUCGGUAAAUGCACUGGAUGGGAAAACCACAUUAAUAUUUACUCAAUGAGCCCAGAGGGCCGAGACAGACUCAAAGACGGCAUCUCAGACGGCCCGAGGAGAAGGUUACCGCUGCGAGAAGCAAUCUUUCGUGAUGUAAGGUGCAUAUGUUUGUGUACGGUUUUUGUUUACGUUUAUAUGAAUAUUUCACGUCACCGUCCGAACAGAAGAGUCCGAUUCUCGAAAUGUAAGAGAAGAGUCGCACCUGGCUGGGAGAGACAUGCUGGGAUAUUUCUGUUACGUUUGCCGUGCGGCUCUUAGUUUGGUUUGGUAGCGUUCAACUCGCACAGAAAUGAAAAUUCUGUCAUUAUUUACUCACCCUCGCGCCGUUUCGAACAUGCAUGACUUCAUGGGGGAAGGAAAACCCGGGCUGCUGUAGGGAAGACCUUUUCUGGCACAUUAGGAAAACGGUAAUGCAUCAGUAAAAACAAAAACGGUAAUCCUCGGAUAAAAAUGACGAAAUUAUGACAAAGUCUAUGAGAUAUUAAGAGCGAAAAAACUGUAAAACUCAUAAAACGUCAAAAUGGACACCAAGAUAUAAAUAGUAGAACUUGACAUAGAAAGUAAAACACAUAAUAAGCUAAAAAGUCAUAAUUUCACUUUUUUCAUUUCAUUAGUAUAAUUGUAAUGUAUACCAUUAGUAAUUAUUAUUUACUUAUGGAGUGGAAAAUGUAAUUCAUACAAUUUUAUCCCAUAAAAACUUGAAUUUUUUGGUUUAUCAAAACUUUUACUUUAUCAUAAUUAACUUAUGUUUUUCAUCAUAACCGAGUCGCUUUUUUUCUCAUAGUUCUGCAUCGUGAAUUUCAAACCACGAUUCUGACGUGAUUUUUGUCACAGUGAUGACAAUUAUGAUUUUCCAAAGCAUUUUUUUUUUUCUUCGACUGCACAAACAGGCUUCUGUACUCCACGAAAAGCAUCACAAAAGUUGCUCCAAUUAAUUCGAAAUAUAUUAUUCACCCAAUUUUUGUGGGCGUGGAAUAUUUUUAUGCUCGUUAGAAUAUUGUAUUGUUAGCUUAGCCACAAGCUUAAUUAACGAAUUAUCCAUCGGAUGCUUUGUACAAAAAAAAAAAGGCGAUUAAAUGGUGACAGAAUGAUCAUUUACAGGGUGCAUCAUUGCUUUUAAAAAGAGGCAGAUGGCAUAAUAAGCGUCUGUUUGGGCUUCGGUUUACUUUGACACGGAGACAAUCUGCUCUAGCUCUAAUGCAAACAUUUUUAACACUGCUCUCGGAGGCAAUAAAGCAUCACAAGUGAUUUUGUUUGAGAAAGUCAACACCAGAUAGAUGAGAUACGCUCAUGAACGGAUCCUUUUCCCGUUUUAAUUAGCAGACGACUGAGGGGCCGUUCACACAGGACCUCUCUCUCUCGUGUUAAAAACAGCACAACAAAAGACUCCUAGACGCCGGCUAACGUUCACCUCAAGAUGCUCGUUCUCUCCCCCCCGGUUCAUCCGAUAGCCGCCCUUUAAAACCGUCAGCGAUUUCUAACUAAUUUAUUUAAAUUACAGAAAUAAACUGGUGUGCACAUGUGUGCCUGCUGCACAGACCGAAAUGAAAAAAGGCAGUAAUGGUAAAAACGUUUUUUUAGAUUUCACUGCACAGGAUUCAUAAAGGCACUGACAGCUUUUAUUAUGAAAAUUGCAUCUUGAAAAAAUGUGAGAGUGAAACUCCACGACGUUAUUAUACAGGCGGCCGUCGAUUUUCAAUUUGCAUAAGAAAAUAAAUGGAUACGUGGAUAAUCCGUAACAGAAUGUCGUGAUGGGAUAGAGGGGUUAUUUCAUGACAAUGAUAUUAUUACCCUGAUCUUCAGGGAUGUUUCAGAUUUAAAGUGAACAACACAAAAUGAGGACGGUCGACGGGUUCACGCGGGUCCGUGGCAUUCAUUAAUGAAGCCAAUGUCUUGUAUUUUAGAAAUCAGAUCCCUUAAUCCAGCAGAAUCACAAGACUGAUUUCAGAUAGAGAGUAUUAUCCUGUCCGACUCGUGGUUUGGGUUUUUCAUAGAAAUUAUUAUUAAAGCACUAUGUGACGUAUCAACCAAUGAAACAAAGCUCACACAGAAGUCACUUUCAGACCGAGCGGCUUGGUCAAAUUCCUGAUCGCAUAGAAUCCUGUAGAAAUGACUGGAUUUUACCAGGAAUAAUAGAAUCAACAACGGUGAAGGUGAAUGCACCUGAAUGUCUGAAAUCCCUGCUGAACGAAAAAUAGAAACCUGCCCAAAAUGUCAUGAUUUUAUUUAUUUAUGAUUAGAAUUUAUAUAUAUAUAUAUAUAUAUAUAUAUAUAUAUAUAUAUAUAUAUAUAUAUAUAUAUAUAUAUAAACACAAGUGCAAAAAUACAAAAACAUUCAUGCAAUAAAAAAAUGUUAAAAACAAGCUUAAUGCAUGGCGAAAAAAUAUUAUCUGCAAUCAUUUAAUGAUUAUAAUAGGAAUUGUAUUGGGUUUUAAUGAAAGCUAUAAUGAUGUCUGUUGGUACGUGAUGGAUUCUAUUGGUGGGAUGUUCAAUCCUAUCAGGAAAAUGCCCCAAACACACUACAAAAAGGAGUGCUGUAAUGGUUUUACUGGAAAAAGAUAAUGGUACAUAAUGGUAUUUUAAUGGAAAGCAUUUGAUUUUCUGUGAUAGCCGCUAUUGGCAGGUGAUGUCGUCAUCGCAUUAGUUUUUAUUAUAAAACAAUAGAGCCCAGCUGACAGGGAAUGCUAGCAAAACGUUCUAGCAAAAGACGAUUUAAACCGACAUUAUUCCAGUGACAUUAAUAGCAGCCAUUUAAAGUUAUUAAUAGUUAACAUUAAUAGUUCAAGUCAAGCUGUUUGGUGAUUUUACGUUCUCAAAUGUUAACACAAAAGCAUUACACGCCGUUUAUUUGAUAUAUUAUGAUUAUGAUAUAUCUCUCUUUUCAAGGAGCGUUUUAGUUGGACACUAAAAUGUAACCACUUGUUUUAGAACGUUUGGAGAACAUUCAAAAGUAACAUUACAAUAAUGUUACUAAUUAAAGUUCCCUCAACAUUCACACAACCAAACACGUUGUCUUAGUACAUACUUUGUCAGCGAGGAGAGCGCAAGCGAACUUUACCAGCAAUAUAUAUUACACAGAAAGUCUGAAAUGACAAAACAGCGAUUCUAAAGCACCUUCUCGUCACCAAAUGUCGGGAGUGACCCAUCAUGCACGGCAAGAAAUGAGAACUUAGGACUCCGAGCGAUCGGCAAGAGUGAAAUUUUUCGUGAUCGAGUCGGUUGCUCCAAAAGUGACUUCCGCGUGAGCAAAACAUGGCUAAAAAAAUAACAAUAAAAUAAUAAAAAGUUAACAUUUCGAUUUCUCGUGCCCGCUGUAUACCUCACCCGAGCUUCAUCUGUGUUUCCCUUAAGUCAGCAAUGUUGUGUUGGAGCCUGGCCGUAUUUAUAAUCUGGGUUCGCGAUGUCAGGGUUUUCCAGCGCGCGGUCUCGAGGGACGCCGUGUGUGCGGUUCUGCAUUAGCUCUAAUGGCCAGAGGGGUCACGUUUAAAAUCAUAAUGGCUUUUCCGUUCCCCCCCCCACCUGCUGUGACGGACGUCUGAAGCACUCAUCAGAAAGGACGUCGGCCUCCCGACUCCCUAAUAAAAGAUGCCGUUUUCUUUGCUUUCAAGUAAUUCGUUUUGCACUUCCCUCUUACACGACGACGCUUUUCUGCGUGGUUUCUGACACGUUGUCAUUAUAAUUGUGCUUUGUCACAGUGCUGUUGUUAGACUGUAGCCGGAGGGGAAAGGCCUUGUUUAUUGUUUUAAUACGGAGCUGCUCUGCCGAUUCAACUGGAGACGAAAAGACGUUCUGAUCAUCCUAUUUUCGGUUUAACGUGUUCGAUCUCGGCUCACUAUGUAUUUUUCAAACGUUGCUUGUUGUGCGUCGCGGGCGGACUCCGUAGGCUUUUUGAGGAGGUAAAAUCUGCGGAUCGCGUUGAACGAUAGCGGAGGGCUCUACAAAACCAUUCAAAUUAGCAUAAACGCUUAAUAAAGAAACAGACAAUGUGUAGAAGUUUGUGAAUGACGGGCGUCCCGAUUGCUGCGGACAUCUGUGGGCGCUGAUUGUGUGUGGGCCUGCUUAUCACCGACGGAUAGCAAUUAUGUUACAGUAUGCGCUAGUAUGCAUAUUGCUCUACUGUCAGCAUCUGCUCUGAUAAGCUUGGCUUAUCUAGAUUGAGUUCCGCGGCUGUGUUUGGAACCGAAUACUGGCGUACUGCACACUGCACUGUAUACUCUGUACUGUUUUAAUAGAAUGCUAAACGGCAUCAAAUAAAGCCGUAAGCUAGACGCUAUAGGUCAAAACGGUGGUAAAUCACGGUUACAAACGACCUCGAGUGACUUGCUAGCUUAUAGGAGCAAAAAUCAAAUCACAUCUAUUAAUCAUUGAGAAUGCACAUUUAUGGCAUCAAGUUUAAGUGCAUCGCAUGGGGGAAUAUGCAUUACGCGCGCUACUUUUCCAAAGUUUACAGUUAGAGUCCUUACAGUCAGUAAGGACGCUUUAAGUUAAGUGGCAGCCACAAAAUAUUUGCGUUUUAAAUAAAUGCUGUUCUCUUGAACUUUUUUUUUUCCUCAUCAAAGAGCAAAAAAACUGAACCCAUCAUAGUCAGCAUAAAAAUAUUACGCGGCACAAUAGGAAAUGUUCCUUAAACGGCAAGUCGGCAUAUAUUAGAAUGAUUUCUGAAGACAGGAAUCAAUUGCAUUAGAAAAAUAUUUCAAAUAGAAAACAUUUUAAAUGGUAAAAAUAUUGCUGUAUUUUUAAUUAAAUAAAUGCAGCCGUAAUAGGCUUCUUUAAACAGCGGUGUACCGUACGUUUAUAUGCACGUGCAUCCAGAUAUUUACGUAAAAACUAGCACUAUAAUGGUACGCUUUUUCAAACAUGGCCUUUUGCAUCCAACUCAAACCCUGUUAAACAAAUACACACAUCAGCUCCGUAUUUCUUAAAGACUCUGAAGGUUCAAUUACUUCCGCGUGGACACACUUUACGUGGUUUCACUAAGUGAUGAAUGGUUAGUGUGUGAAGGUAUAAUGCGAGAUCUAGCACCGCGUAGAUGGAAACGCACACAAUAGCAGGCACGGCGUCAUGGACGUUAAGGCCGGUCCGGGUCCGCAGGGUCAGUCGGAUCAGAGCUGUUAGGGGAAAAACAAGGAUGUGAGGCCGGAUCAGCGAAAUGAAGCCGAGUAAUAUUUACCCUCCCUUUAGUAUUGACAGGGCGACCUGCGACUCGUGUAGCGGUCGACCUCUUCCGCUGCGUUUUUUUUGUGCCGUAAGCUGAGAAAUGUGCCAGUUUAUUAGUGAUAUAAUGGAUUUUAAUGUGCCGUGGCGGCAGGGGAGGAUCGCUGUAGCUACUAACGCACGUUUAAGCACGUGCAUCCCAUUUUGGGGUUCACUUACUGACAGUUUUCUCGCGUUUCGGAGAAUAAAAGAGUCAAACAUGCUGCAUUUCCCCUCUCAAGCACGCUUGUAUAUCUCAAAGGAUUUUGCCAUUUCUGCCUCCAUAUUUUUGCAGGUCGCUUCUUUGAUUGUCAGCCACUGUUGUGCCAUUGUGAACAUUGAUCAAUGUUUUUCAUCGUUUGUAAGGACAAGCAACACGAUAAUGUCAUCUGUACAAUUUGUAUGAUAUAAUAAAUAUGAUUUAUAUUUGA